ACGAGUGUUUCGCCACACUAACUCCCAUUACUGUAAAGGGACAGUGUGCAAAGUGACGAUCCCUGUGAUGUCACACCGGAGAAAUACCAGAGUUGUGACACGUUCAAAACCCCGUAAAUUUCGAGUCCCCCCCCCCCCCCUCUACCAGCUGGAUUCUUCACCUGACAACGCCUCUCCCGCGUCAGCCGCGACCGAAACUUGAAGGAAACACCUGGCAGACGGGGAAGGAGCGACGGAGACGCACUGUUCCACACGCUGUCGCUGCGCGGUGUCAGCUGUUUGGACGAAUCGGUGCCUUUCUGACCCGUGGCCGGGGGCGUUCACGGUCCCGCGGACAAAGUGGUUUCGUUUAUUUAACGCUCACAAGUCGCCACUUCCGGGACGGGACGCCGGUCCAGGGUUCCCCGCUGGGCGCCGACAACAACAACUGACCAACAUGGAGUUUGAACUGCAGGCCAUGAUCGGGAAUGGCAACGACGACCAGGUCGCAGGUAAUAAUGGGGUGUUGCUGCUCUCUGGCUGUGAAGCAGAGGCUCAAAGGAAUCAGAAAAAUAAAUACUCUCAUCGAGAGAUGAGCGCCAUGUGCAGGAUUAGGGAAGAACUGAAUAUGAAGGUCUUCAGAAAACUGACAGUAUGGAUGGUCCUUGUCUUCAUUCUUUUCCUCAUCGUUGGGGUGAUAAUUAUUUCGCUGGCGGUGUGCUCAGCGAUCCAUAAGGACGUGGAUGAGGAGUUUGACCGUUCGUCGUUCAAUGUUUCUCUGUAUUUCAACGGGAGCUUCCAACUGCCCAACCUGGUCUUUACGGAAGAACUUUCCUCCGAAAGCCAAGCGCUGACCGAUGAACUUCAACUAAAGGUGGUUGACCUCUACAAGGCCUCCCCUGCUCUGGAACGCUACUUUUCCAAAGCUGACAUCUACGCUUUACGGAACGGCUCUGUCAUUGCUGACUACCAGCUGACGUUUGUCAUGCCUGAAGACGAUCAGCUGAGAAACUUCACCCUGAGCAGGGAGAUGGUGUACAACGUGUUCAGACAGUUCCUAUAUGACCAGGAGCCAAACGACUCUGGGCCCACGUACAUCGAUCGCCUUUCCCUAACCAUGUUCUGAAGACAGUGUUCCCAAGUGUUCACAAACAAACUGGGAAACCAGAGUAUCCUGUUUUUCCUUGCAAUUGAAGCGAGACACUGUGCCUCCUACAGUAAUGUGGCUUCUGGUAGCAGGCGAUUCGUCAGACUUACUGUAUGACCUCUCCCAUGAGUGUGUAGAAAUCUCGCAUGCAAUGUACUUUUACCACAGGAAGCUACGCAGCCACAGUCACACAAACUCAAACUGUGUCUGUGGGUAUGUGGGAAGGUCAUACGGAGGAUCUGGUUUAGAGUGUCAAACGGAAUAGUUGAACUCACAAGAGAACGCCGGCAAAAAAUCUGCACUUUGCGACUGUAUAAUUGUAUACCGUUUAUUAUCAUGUAUUACUGUGCCUUGUUUAACUGCAAUUAUUCAUUAUUGGAGUAUAGGUAUACAUUUCAGUGUUGUAACUUUUCAUAUCAAUUUCCUGACUUUCUCUGUAUAUUUGUACAUAAGAAAAAUACCCGGAGUGAUUUUGGAGUGUUUAUUUUUUACAUCUCUGUGCCAUUGGUCUCCCUCACUGGACACGAUUUGCAAACUAAGUUGCGUGUGAAAAAUAUUUGCCUUGAAAGUGGCUAAUGCUGUAGGAAAAUCAGCUUCAGGGAACUGUACAGGAGGCAUUGGUGUGCUGGGGCUGUAAUAUUUUAGCGAAGGCUAUAAAUGUCAAUGUAAAAACACAUAUUCCAUAAAUAAAAGUCACUAAAUGAA